AUGAAAGCAGCCCAACUCAACAGAAUCGAUGUAAGCGUGGAGAAGUAUAUAGAUAGAAUUUGGGAUUUAACACAUUCUAAAAAAUAUCAAAAAAUAGGCAGAUCAGAACUGAAGGAAAUAUUUAGACGCGAUAGUAGAGAACAAUUUUAUAAAUACGUCGAUACCGUGUUUACCGCUCAUCUGAAGUAUCGACAUGGCUACGAUACGAAUGCUCCGUGCUGGGAUUUUAUUACCUCGUUUUUCUUUACGGCAACGAUGCUCACAUCAAUUGGAUACGGUUAUGUUGCACCAUCAACAUUCUCCGGACGUUUAUUCGGUGUCAUCUACUGUCUCAUUGGCAUCCCACUAACACUGGUUACAGUGGCUAACAUUGCCAAGUUCAUAUCAGAAUGCGCUUUUUUAAUUCAUUACAAUUGCUGGAAAAAAUUAACGACAUGGAGAGAUCGCCGGAAAGGAUUUACGAUCCAUGACCUUCGACCUGUUUUCAGUGAAAAUGAAGAUGAACAAGAAUUAUUAGACAAAGUAAAGCUUGUUCGCUUUCCACCCGUAAUUUUAUUUCUAAUUGUGUUCUUAUAUGGCCUUUUCGGCUCAUAUAUUAUUCAAAAGAAAGAACAUUGGACUUAUACCGAAUCAGUGUAUUUCACAUUUAUUAGCAUUUUGACAGUUGGUUUCGGUGAUUAUCGCCCAGAACAGCAAAACAUGUUGGUAGUUUUGUGUGUCAUCAUGGGUGGCAUAAUUCUGACAACAAUGUGUAUGGAUGUUGUCGGUCGAAUGUAUCUAAAGGAGAUUCAUUACAUUGGCCGUAAAAUUCAAACGAAUAAUCCCUUCUUUUUGAUUCGUGAAGCAAAAGCAAGGCGACGACGACAAGCAACUGCAAGUAUGCUUUUGGAAUUAGCAAAAGGAAUGAUAUUUGAACAUAAUAAUACUCAUAUGGGUGCAAUGGCCAGAAGACGAAUGAGCAGAAAGCUUCAAAAACGCGGGCCACGCAUGUUAACAGAUGAUGAAUUUAUGUUCGCUCGUCUGCCACCAGAUCCACCACGGGAAUGUCAGGUUGUUUCCACAUCCGCUUAUUCAGUACGCCUUGCAUGGGCACCAGCAUUUUCUGCUGACGAUCAAGUUACCUACAAUAUACGUUAUCGGAUCAAACAUCAAGAAGACAGUAAAAUGCGUGAACUGCGCGGCAUUCAAGGACAUUCAGCGGAAAUUAUGAGCGUUGAUUCCUGUUCUUUGUAUGAAUUUCGUAUCACAGCUGUUUCACGUUACGGUGAAAGCAAACCAGUCUAUCUAGUGCAAUAUACAGAGCCACAGCUUAGCCCACAACAUAUCUUAGCUCAACGAUUGAAUGCAAACACUAUCGAAUUAUCUUGGGAACCACCUUACAAACGCACCAGAGAUGUUGCGAAUUAUAUUGUUUAUUAUACGGAAAAUCCUAAUGCUCACUUCUCAGUCUGGGAACGCAUCACAGUUCGUGGACAACGAAUAGUUUUUCCUGAUCUACGCUAUGACUGGUUCUAUACGUUCUGUGCCACAGCUUGUUUCAAGGAUGGACAGCGAUCACCACUAUCUAGAGCGCUAUUUGUCAAGACUGAGAAGUUGGAAUUCCGGCCUAAAUGUGUUGGUCAAUCGCAUACCAUUGAAGUAAUGAAUACAAUACAGUAUGCAGAAGAUGAAAUUAAUGAAAGAGUGCCCUUAUUGCCUCGAGACUAUGUAUCUUUUCAGAACUAA